AUCGAGCGGGCGCUAGGACCCAGCAGAGCAGCACGAUUGGAAGCAGCAACAGCAAUAUUAUGGAAGCGUUUACCUGCGCGCUACUGGAGAUCAACCGUAACCUUUACAGCCAGCCUACAGCGUAUUUUAUCACUACUGUACAUAUGUUUUACUGUUGGUAGCUGUAUUAAGCAAAGUUUAGUCAUUGCAAGAAGCUGCGGUUCAUCUCUCAACUGCUGAUGGAGCACAUCCGACUACCAAAGGUAACCGCGGAUCUGGUUGCAGUGAUCAGCCCUGAUUUCCGCACUGUGAAUCCCGUCUCACUUUUCCUUGAAACGCCAAGAGAUCUGCAGAGUUUAAGUAAAACAUGUUAUAAGAGGGUCGGUUGAAUAAAGGCGUGUGCUUUUACGUGGGCCACGUAGGCAACCAAAGUCCUCUCCACCUCUGUCAACCUUUUUUUUUUUUACAGCAGAUUGAAUGUGUAUGUCAGCAAUUAACACCUCAGGACAGUAGUCUUUAGGGUGUGAUCAGGUCCUCAGCAUGAAGCUUUUUAGAUGUGGUGUUUUUUUUCUAGGUGGAAAGUGUCAAGCUGCUUGACAAAGUGUCCCCCAGGAGAAAUAAGGUGGGCACCUUGUACCUGACAGCCACUCACACCAUCUUUGUAGAGAGCGAGGCUGGGGUGCGCAAUGAAACAUGGGUAAGUAAAACUGUAGUGCACUCACAGACCAGAAAUCACUUUGUUUAGACCCCAGUUAAAGGAAAAGCUUCUUAGCUAUGUGUUCUUCAAAUGCCUUGAAUACCUGAUGUUACCUGAGACGACACAAAAUGUUUACUUUGUCCAUAUUUCUCAAAGCCCUGCAAUGUGUCCCCCAACAAUAUGCAAUAAUUAGCUAUCUUUGUUUGUAUCUCAGGUGCUCCAUAGUUUGGUGUGCGGUGUGGAGAAACAAGGAGCCACAGACUCAGGAUGCCCUCUGCUUGUCCACUGCAAGAAUUUCCAGGUUCUUCAUUUCGUCAUGCCUCGAGAGCAGGAGUGCGCUGAUGUGUUCCUGUCCCUACAGCGUCUGUCCCAGCCAGGUAAUCUGUGUUAUAAUACCAGUCUCAACAUCAAUGCUCAGUCUUUGCUUUUCUAGCUUUGUUGAUUUUUGUGUUAGAUGGAUUGUGUAAACUGGAAAUUACACUAUGAACCUGUAUUAUGACUUGCAGAGAGUUACGAGGAGCUGUACUGUUUCUCAUAUAAACCUAACGUCGAUGAGGAGGAGAGACGUCAGGAAUGGGACUUCUUGGAUCUCAAGGCUGAUUACAGCAGGAUGGGACUCCCAAACUCCCUGUGGAAACUCUCCCCUGUCAACCAACAUUACAAGGUCAGCCGCUCAACCUCUAUGCCUUUUGUACUACCUUAUCCCUCAUUAAGACAUGACAACAGUGUAGUUGAGGUUUGCUUUUUCAUUCUAAGGUGAGUGACACUUACCCCGCUGACUUGUUCGUGCCUGAAUCGGCCUCACCUCCAGUCAUCGUUGGAAGCUCCAAGUUCAGGAGCAGAGGAAGAUUUCCUACUCUGUCCUACUACUCCAAAGACAGUAAUGUAAGUUUAUGAUAUAUUAAGAUGUGAAAUGUAAAAAUAACUUGCAUGCAUUUUUUGGCCCUUUUUGUAACAGAAAUGAUUUAUUUGAGGGGUCAACCAUCCUAUGCAUUAAGCAUCUCUCUUCAAGCUGCUGAGAGAUUUUGUUUCACAAAUGGUACAGACUAAAAAUAAGCUUCAAAUUAAAUCUCUGAAGAACCAUAAAAGUUAAUUUAUAGUCACGCCUCAUAACAAGUUUGAGAUAAUUUUUGUUGUAGAGAAGUAGAAAUGUUGUUGAACUAAAACCAGACUUUCAACUGUGUUGAAGUCUCUGAAUAACUGAUAUGAACAAAGAAACUGCAGAUCAGAUAUAGACACCAGUUCUGUCGUCCUAAGAGCUAAAAGAGUCAAUUUAACAAGCAGAUUAGAUUUACCAAUUUUGUAACAUGUGCACAGCAUUUAGAGGAAACCUGCAAAGUGACAACACUCAGCAUGGAGCGCUCAUGGUCGCCAAAUGCUGUGAGCCUAAAAUGAAAUAAAUGAAUUUCUUUUGUUGGCAUCAGUGUAACUUAAGAGUACUGUUGAUUUGGUAUAACUCACUGAUGGAUUCCAGUUAGUCAGGCAGGCUAAGAGGCUUUAUUUUUAUGAAUGUACAUCUGCAAUAAAACAACCAAGAGACAAGGCGAAACGAGUGUUUGUGAAGAUCUGAAGCAAAGAUUUAAAGUAAAGACAUGUUGUUGUUUUUUCCAUUACAGUUUUUGAGUUCUCCUUCGAAAUGUCCCAUGAGAGUUUCAGAUGAUUGUGUCAUUACAUCAAAGUAUAAAUCGUAACUGUUUCUGAAGCUGAAUCAGGAAAAAGCCAGAACAUUCAUAAUCCCCUCUAUUAAUCCUUGCUUGGACAGUUGGGACUGCUUUAUGUGUUUGGGGUCAGCUUCCCAAGGCUCAGGGUCCAGUGUGUGGAGCUCAGUUCGUACAGAGGGGCUCUACUCUGGUUCAUGGGCCAGAAGGAUCUCUCACAAAGGCCACUUCCCAUGCGGCUACUUGAUUGAGAUAAGAAAAACAGUUUGGAGUAUUUCGAAUAGAGUAUGCAAGGGACAAAAAAGUACAGUGAAAAGUACAGUAUCAAUUGAUUUCCGUGAAUUUAUCACGGUCACUGUGUUGCAACAUGCUGUAGUUCCUUCAAAAUGGUCUCACAAACAAUCAAAUCUUCCCGUAUGAAGCCUGAGUGCCUCUUACCUCCUCCCAGGCUGCCAUCUGCCGCAGCAGCCAGCCCCUGUCAGGUUUCAGCGCCCGCUGCCUGGAGGAUGAACAGAUGCUGGAGGCCAUCUUGAGGUCCAAUCCCCGCAGCGACUUCAUGUAUGUGGUGGACACCAGGCCUAAGGUGAGCCCUCUGUGCCUCGGCAAAAAGACCAGUGUUACAGUACACUGCUGUAUGUUCAGGUGGGCUUUGUUUUCUAAACUGCUCUUUGCCAGCUGGAUGUGCUCAAAGCAAAAACCUCAACAACAUCCUCCCUGUUUGCUUGUUAGAGACAUGAUCAACACAUGGUCCUGAUGUUUUUGUAAAGCAGUUUUACUCUUCAAAAAGUGUCUCAUGGAAAUUAAUUCAUUUUCUUUCCAGCUAAACGCAAUCGCAAACCGAGCUGCAGGAAAAGGCUACGAAAACGAAGACAACUAUUCCAACAUUAAAUUCCAAUUCAUCGGCAUUGAGAACAUCCAUGUAAUGAGAAACAGCCAACAGAAAAUGCUGGAAGGUAAUUAACAUGUCUGGCUGAAUAAGUCCCUCUACCGCUCAAGAUUUACUGUAAAAUCAGCAGCACAUUCAUCACCAUGACAGAAAUGUUUCACCACACAAGUGUUUGUGGAAGGGAAUGCAUCUUUUCUGUUAAUGUCUGUUUAAAGUCGCUGGUUACUAGAGCAGAGCGAGACCCCGCGCUACCCCUGUGGCUUUCAUUUGCACUCAUGCAGACCGGACUAUGCUGCAAUCAGGCCUCAAAUGAGCCCACUGGAGAAUUUCUGAGUAUUGUGCAGGGGUGCUCCUCGAAGACUUUCAAUCCAUCUGGAUUUUAUUUCUGAGCUAUUUUGGUUUCCUGGUGCGGACAAUCCAGGACCUUAUCCCCCAAAGAGAGGCUGAGGGCGUGAGAAUGAUGGGAUUUCGAGUCUGAAAAGUUAUAGCUGUUCUUAGUUGUGAUAACUCUUUGCCCCUCUGGCAGCACAAGGGAAGUCUUUAAAUACUGGAGACAGUGCCUGCCCUUCAGAGCCUGUCUGACUCUACCCACCCCAUAGUACACUUGAAUAAGAUUUUGAAGACCCCCUGCCUGGCAGCAUCAGCUCAAACAUUUGUUACAGCACAAGUCUGCUCUGCUUAGAGUUCUGAGAGGUCGAAUGAACCCGUUCACCUGCUUACUCUACCUUCAGCAGCCACAGAAGUAAAACUCUGACAAAGCAAUGGUGAAAAGAGUUUGCCACCUACGACAAACUCUUUUAGUGCAUCGAGAGGGCAAAUGCUUUCAUACAGUAAAAGGAAAAUAUGCUGAAAUUAUAGACAUUCAUAUGAUAGAUUAGCUUGUGCAUAGGAGCUGUCAGCUUUGGACAAACUGGCUUAUACUCUCUCUGCCCCUGAGUGAACUUGAAAAUAUUUAUGUUGAACUCUGAAGAUGGAAAAAUAAAUUUGAGAUGCUUUUUUUUUUUAAACAAAUAAACUCAGAGCAGGAAGCCUCAUCCUACACAAAUGGGUAUGUUUUAUUUUCUGUCUGAUUUGUGUCAGUGGUACUGGCCGUGGCAGGAUAUUUAACAAUACAAACUAAAUACAAGGCUUUUGAUCACAGCCAUACUAGUAAUUCACAGAGACCACAAGUUGUGUCCAGUGGUCAAAUAAGGAAAGAUGCUUAUUUAAGCAUUCUAACGUAUCCAAAUUUUCUUAAUGUUUAACAAGUUAAGCACAUUAGAAUUCUUACAUUUACCAAUGACAACCUAAGUACAGCUUAUGAAGACAAAAGAUAUUAUUGUGUGUGUGUCAGAGAUUCGCUCCUCAGAGAUAUUUCACAGGAAAAGUUUAGAUAUGAACCUGCUAAGGGCACCGGAGAAAAGUGAGAGCAUCUUUAUCAUCAUUGAGAUUCAUCCUCUGGAGAUCAUCAAUAUCUUUUCAAGCUUUAAUGGAAAUUUGUGCAAUAUUUUAUGAGCGAUGUCAAAAGUGUACAGAGAGACAGACAGACUGAUGCUGACAUCCCUGGAGCAAAAACUCCAAAUGUCGACCAAAUCCAUCACAAAAGAGAGACAAAGGAAAUCUGUAAUGAAAAAGAGUUGACAGUGUAGCCCAGAUUUUCUCAUACCACUCUCAGAUUUGUGGAUGUAGUUAUCAGGUAUGCUUUGUUUCCUGUCAGUGAGACAGCUGUGUUGUGGUUGCAGUGUGUGAGCUGCGCUCCCCCUCCAUGUCUGACUUCCUGGAAGGUCUGGAGAACUCAGGCUGGCUGAAGCACAUCAAAGCUGUUUUGGAUGCAGGCAUCUUCAUCGCCAAGGUCAGUCUGGAGGUUAAUCCCCGCUGUCUGCCCCUCCACUGCUCUCAAUAUUAGCUUAGGUGUGUGUGUGUGCAUAUGUGUGAUCCUGUGUGUGUAUAUUUUGUAUGUAUUGUGUGUUGACUGUCACUUGCAAGAACUCAGUUACUGCAGUACUCAUCAUACAUAAGUGUACAGUAUCCAAAUACUAAAGGAUCCUCAUCACCGAGUUAAGGAAACAUGAUUAGAGACCAUGUCUGUCAACUCAAUUGACACAGUGUGUGAUCAGCCAAAUUGUUUGAGAGAAUCAUACUUAACAAAUGCAAAUCAUGAAUGAUUAAAGUACCUUAAGAUAACACAGUAUUACACAUAUCUAGUUAUUAUGUUAUGAUUGACAUUUUUACGAUUGACAGAUUUUACUCCUUCAUAAAUUAAAUUGAUUGUGUCUGACAUAAACAUAACAGGAAAGUGAUCACACAAGCACUGAAUAAAGUGUAACUCAAAGCUUUUAUAAUGAAAAACCUUUAUUACAGAAAAACCCUUAUCAGCAGGAUUUACCAGGUUUUAGAAUCUGAAAUGUGUCUUUUUCUCUUGGUUGAUUAAAGGUUAAAAAAAAACAAAGAAACAAAUAAUUAUUCAAAUGCUUACACACGAUAAUACCCAUUCUCCCACUUUUCAAUGUGUUGAUAUUACAUAUCAUAUUUUGUGGUUGACCAAUUACAGUUCUUAAAGCUACAGCAGAUAAUGAGAGAGUAGGUACACUGAUGGCUGAUGGAGAAUACUAGUACCUUAGCGCUGUUCGAGCCUGAGUGAAUGUUUGAAUAAAAUAAAUCAGAUGGAAAAAUACUUGGCCCGGUAAAAUAUUGUCACAAGGGACUUCUUAAUUUCUGUCCUGUCAAAAAAAAUUAGAAAUAUAAAUUAAAUAUUAUAACUAAAAGAAAAGAAAAAAAGUUCAGUUCAAGUCAACACUCCAAGCACAUCAAAUAUUAUACUGUCAUCUUAGCCAUUAACGUGUUGUAGAGGACUAUUAAAUGAAUUGGUAAAUAGAAAAAAUAAAUAAAUAAAAAACCAAUAUGUUGAGUUAUGUUAGGUUUCAAAGCAUGGUUGGUAUUAAUGUCAGAAGAAUCAGAAGAAUUACUAUACCAUAUUAUUAUAUAUAUCAUAACAGAGCUGACACUCAACACUGGCUUAUCUUGACUUGAUUUGCUUUCUUUGGAGAUUAAACAAAAAAAGUCUUCUUGAGAUCAGCCUGUGAAGGCAGAUUAUGUCCCAGUGUCAUCGAUCAGCCUGCUUUAUCAGCAGGUCUAUCUGUCAUAAAUGUUUGUUUUUUUCACUCUUACUUGGCCGUGCUGUCACCUGUCACACCUCUUGGACUUUGUAUUUGUGUGUGUUUGGUUUGUGUUUGAAGGCUGUUGCAGAGGAGGGUGUUAGUGUCCUGGUCCACUGUUCAGACGGCUGGGACCGUACUGCCCAGGUGUGCUCUGUGGCCUGUGUGCUGCUGGAUCCUUACUACAGGACCCUCAAAGGAUUCAUGGUAAAUUCUUUACCUUUUCACAAUACCUCUAUAUGCCAGAGUAACUUUUAGGUAUUGGUAUAGAUUUCACAUCCCUCUCUGCUACACUCUAGUCAUAAGCAAGAAACUGUGUAACUCUACAUGAGAGUCAUCUAAAGAGGGCUGUUGGGCUUGUGUCUUUGAUCAGAAGGAUUUUCAGGAGGCUCUGUCAAAAUCCUCCAAGAGCCACUGUGGAAUACAACUAUAAUAGAAGUCUGCCCUGAAAGCCAGAGGAAGAAUGACCCCACACAGAGGGUGAAGGGGUUCAGUCACUCUGCAGAGACUGUGUAGAAAUGUUUGAGCUCUCUAUGUCUUAGCACCUGAUUUUUCUCUACUGUCCUCCUAGGUUCUCAUUGAGAAAGACUGGGUCUCAUUCGGACACAAGUUCUCUCACAGGCAGGUUUGACUUUUAAACACACUGUCAUUGCAUUCAUGGGCUUGUUGUUUUGUUUUGUUUUAAACUAACUGCCCUUUCCUAUCUCUAGGUGCAACCACUUGGUGGGAGACCCUAAAGAGGCAUCUCCCAUCGUAGAUCAGUUCCUGGAGUGCGUGUGGCAGCUAAUGGAGCAGUUCCCUUGUGCCUUUGAGUUCAAUGAGAGGUUCCUCAUCACCAUUCACAGCCACAUCUACUCCUGCCAGUUCGGCAACUUCAUUGGCAACAACCAGCGGGAGAAGACAGAGCUGCGGUGAGAUUUACACCUGCAGCAGCCAUCACUUUCUUUUUCCUUUCACUGCACAGACAUCUGGUUAGAGCCGCUGUGCUGAGAGAAGACUGGCUACUGCAGUGACGCAACAGCGAGUAGUAGUAAAUUACAUCACAGGCCUUAUUCAAAUAUAAUGACUCUGUUCAAGAUACACAAAAGAUGCUCAACAGUGUUCUUUUUUCUUUUACCAGAAGACUGUUUGUCAUUUGAUCAUCCCUGUGUGUUUUCCCCACUGUUGUUUGACCUCUAUACAGACUGCUUGAAAGGACUCACUCUUUGUGGAGUUAUCUGUGGAUGAACCGAGCCGACUACAUCAACCCUCUGUACCGAGAGGACCACAGCCAGACACAGGGACUACUUCGGCCAUCUACUGCCCCCUACUGCUUUAAGUCAGUCCCAACAGACAGUAACAAUACAUGAAGUCCAAGCUGAAAACCAGCAUUUCCUGUUACAUGGAUGUCAAUGAUAACAAGUCUGCCAUAUCACUGUAGUCAGAUUAGGAAGAACAGCAGUAUGGGAUGUUUUUUCUGUGGAGUUGAGUGUCUUUUGCUUCACACAGGUUUUGGAGAGGGCUGUACAACCGUUUUGAUCGAGGGAUGCAUCCUCGGCAGUCUGUUGAAGAUUAUCUGCGUGCAAUCCAAGAGGAGACAGAGCAGUUGGAGGAGCAGCUGUCUUCACACAAACAGGUAGGAUAAGGAUUUGCAUUCGUACUUCCUUUGAUGUAUCCUUAAAGAAAUAUCUGUGGUGCUUUUACGAGCAAUGGGGGAUAAAUUACGUCUGUAUUGCAUUACAUUAUUGAUAGAAAAUCACUCAACUGACGAAGGAGCAGGGGUGGAAGAGUGAUGCACAGAAAAUCACCAGCUUUGAUGAUAGCCCAACAGCGUGGGUCGGUGGAAACCCCCUUGAUCUGGUAAACACCCCUCAGGAUUACAUUGGGGGCCUCAUCGACAGCAGCCCCUUCCAGCUGAAACCAUCUGACGACAGCCUGGUACUCCAAAAGCCCGACGACUUGACCCAGACAUCUGAAUUCAACCUCUCCAAUGGCAGCGACCAGGAGUCAGGGAUUGCGGACUUGAGCUGUCGCUCUCCUCUCAGCGAGGACAGUACCAGGGAUCCAGAUUCUGACGAGGCUGCCAACUCAGCCGCUUGAGCAUAUGUAGCAUUUGAUUAUCAAGCUAUCAACAGGGCCACUGAACAAACACUGCCUUUGAAAUCAAGUAACCCAGCUGUGGGCUAAGUUAGGUUACCAGUUAUUUUGCACUUUUGUUUGCAUGUGGGGUGAUGGACUCUGCCUGUUUUUAUGUAUAUUCUGGUUAAUAUCUGUGUACUGUAACUGAUCAUAUUUGGCUUGUUUCCUCUAUGAGAGAACUGCGAUUGUCAUGUCAUGUCUUAGGGUCUUUUUGUCCAUGUGCUUGGGUUUUUUUUUGUUUUUUUUUGCCAAAGUGGUCACGUUUUGUGUUUAUAUCACUAAGUCUUUAAAUGAAAAGACUUUACAAAUAAGUGCAGAAAGUAGUCAGCUGUACUUUCCAGCUUGACCUGUGAGUUAGAGAAGAGUUUCUUUUUUGUUUGCAUUGAUAUAAAAAACUGUCAUUUUAUAAUUAAAGAACUAAGGAUAGAAUUCAACAGUGGAAACAAUCAUAUGAUGAAAUGUGUGAUAUAUUUUAUGCUAAUGGGUUUACAAAGUAUGCUGUCAACAUAAGCUUUCAUGGGCAUUUCAAAUGACUCAAGCUUUGUAGCGUUUUUUUCUGAGGAGUUACCUCCUUUAGUCCUCCUCCUUGAAUUUCUGAGUUGAUUUUGUCCAAAGCCUGAUUCAUUACUGUCACAUCUCAUAGUUCCUAACCAGGAUGUAUCCUGUUAACACCAAAUGUAGCUCAAAUCACAACGUAGCUGUGUUUUGCAUCCCAUAUUGCAUGUCAUGUCUUCAUCCAAACAAAACUUACCAAAAGAGCGUGACUGCCUCAUGGUGUCAGAAGAGCACAGAGUAAGAAACCUGCUGAGCACUGAACAGCAAACUAGAGCAUGUGAAUAGUGACAUUCUGCCUCUAUAGGCUGCAAUCAGUUUACCAACAAUCCGAGUAUUGUGCCAUCUCAAUCAAAAAAUACACAUUUUAACUGCUGACUUGCAUGUGUUGACCUCUAAUACUGCAAAUGAACAAAGCAGAAAUUAUCAAGCAAAGCAUGAUAGACUAUUUUUUUACAAUGGCAUAUUUUUGACUACUUCAAUUUUUCUCCGUUGCAUGUUUUUAUUUGUAUCAGAAAGUCUUAUUUAUCUUAUUCAGCAGUAAGAACUUCUGACCCUGUUUGAGAGAAAUUUAUAUCCUGAUUUAUUCUUUUACAGAGGAAUGAAGAGCUGAAAAUGUUGGAUGGAUCAAAAAACAAAGCUAUAUCUCUCUAUAUCUUUGUCAAUUAAAAUAAAGACACAGUUGUCAACAGUAUUGCUCUAACUA